UACAUUUCUACCCACAACAUAGACCAGAAACUGCUCAACCAAAGCAAGCUUUUUUCAUCUGCUUCUGUUGUUUAAGCCAUUUACUACUCUAAGAUUCAGAAACAAUGGUGGACGAGUUCUCUUGAGUGCCUGGCCCAGCUUUUAUGGGAUGAGAGCAAGAAUUGCACUGGAAGAGAAGGGUAUCAGCUACCAAUACAGGGAAGAGAACCUAGUCGAAAAGAGCCCUUUUCUGCUGGAAAUGAACCCAAUUCAUAAGACGAUCCCUGUAUUGGUCCAUAAUGGGAAACCCAUCUGCGAAUCCCUCGUUAUUGUUCAAUACAUUGAUGAGACUUGGAAAGACAAAUCUCCUUUGUUGUCUUCUGAUCCUUACCAACGAUCCCAGGCCAGAUUCUGGGCUGAUUACUCUCUCUCUCUCUCUCAUGUUGCAAACAGAAUAUGGACUACAAAGGGAGAAGAACAAGAGGCAGCUAAGAAAGAAUUAAUAGAGGUCAUGAAGGUUUUGGAAGGAGAGCUUGGAGACAAACUUUACAUUGGUGGUGAAAGUUUUGGAUUCUUGGAUUUAAGCCUUGUGCCUUUCUGCAGCUGGUUUUACACCGUGGAAAAAAGUGUCAACUUCAGCACAGAAGCUGAGUGCCCAAAGCUGAUUGCUUGGGCCAAGAAGUGCAUGGAGAGGGAGGGUGUGGCCAAGUCCCUACCUGAGCCACAAAAGGUCUACAACUUCGCUAUGGAACUCAAGAAGAAGAUGGGUUUAGAGCAGAAAAGAAAGAAAAGUUCAGAGUGUUCAAAUUUAGAAUUAGCGAGCUUCUCUUGCAAGAGGAGAUACCGAACAUCGUGGCGGUCAAACUUAAAAGAUUCUCGCCCUGGAGCGCUCGUGACUCCGGUCAUCUCGAGAUCGAUGGCGACACAAUCAGCAUCUCGAACAUGGCCUCAGAGAUCUUUGAGGGUGGAAUCAAAUUUAUUUUUGUCACUUUCUUCAAAGCGAAGGGCGAAUCUUGCAGAGGAGUAG